UUUUAAUUAAGUCAGUGAAAAGAAAUCUUUUCCUUCAUAAAAGACAUUGGACAUUUAAUGCGUUGGAUCCGCAACUUAUGUAUUGUCGCGGUGUGAUCAGUUUUAUGAAUUGUUAGGAUGUUGUUUCUGAUUUUCCUUUGUUACUUGUUGCCGCUAUCUUUUGGGUUAUUGGUGAGACAUUUUCCUGUUUCAUCGGUCAAGAAGUCGGAGUUCACCUAUGAAACUAAAUACUUCAGUACGAAGGUUGACCAUUUUUCUUUUGUUAAUGAUCAAGAGUUUAAAAUUAAGUACCUUAUUAACAACAAGUCCUUCUCAUCCGGUGGCCCAAUCUUUUUUUACACAGGAAAUGAAGGUGCUAUAGAGACCUUCGCGGAAAAUUCAGGCUUUAUCUGGAAACUGGCAAAGGAACUAAAUGCUUCAGUUAUUUUCGCAGAACACAGGUAUUAUGGAGAGUCUCUUCCAUUUGGAAACUCCUCUUUUAAGGAUCGUCAGCAUUUUGGUUACUUGACUGCAGAACAAGCAUUGGCUGAUUAUGUGCUUCUUAUCAAUCAGCUUAAGGCUAAUUAUUCAUGCUUCGCUUCAUCACCUGUAAUUGCCUUCGGUGGAUCUUACGGUGGUAUGCUAUCUGCUUGGAUUAGGCAAAAGUAUCCGAAUGAGAUUGCUGGAGCUAUAGCUUCUUCUGCACCCCUGUGGUUGUUCCCAGGUUUAUCUGAUUGCAAUGGCUUUAGUGUGGUGGCAACAAAUAGUUUCUUAAAAUAUGGUGGGGAAAAUUGUGUGAAAAAUAUACAACACUCGUGGGGCAAUAUCGCAAGCAUUGGACAAGGCCCUGAUGGAAAAGAAUUACUAUCCAAUAUGUUCAAUGUUUGUACUCCUAUAAAUAAUGUUCAAGAUUUAAUAGACUAUCUUGCUGAUUAUUUGGGUACUAUAUCUAUGGUUAAUUAUCCUUAUGCGACUAGUUUCCUCGGUAGUUUACCCGCAUGGCCAGUUAAGUAUAUAUGUUCUGGCUUAUCCACAUACGAUCCUCAGCAACCGGCUGAGACUAGUGUUGCUUUGUUUGCAAAAGCUGUUCUCUCUUUGAUGAACUACACUGGAGAUGAAAAGUGCUUAAAUAUUUCUGGUAGUAUUCCAGGCUUGGAUGCUUCAGGAUGGGAAAUACAGACUUGCAUGGAAAUGACAACACCUAUGUGCGCAUCAGGUCCCGUAAAUAUAAUGCCUCAAGUAAAUUGGGAUCUCAACACCUUCUCAGCUUACUGUCAAAGUCGAUAUGGUGUAAUUCCCCGUGUUAAUUGGUCAAGAGUUGAAUUCUGGAGUAAAUCAGUUUCUACUUCGACCAACAUAUUAUUCAGCAAUGGUGAGAUUGAUCCUUGGUCUGCACUAUCGAUUCCGAAUAACAGUUAUGUCCCCUUCUCUACCGUCAUCAAUAUUUCUGAUGCUGCUCAUCAUCUAGACUUGAGAUCUCCUAAUCCCGCUGAUCCGGAAAGUGUUAUGAAGGCCAGAGAAAUUGAAAAGCAGAAGAUAGUUCAGUGGAUAAAAGAAUGGAACACAAAAGAUCCAACAUUGAAAUUUCUCUCCGGAGUUUUAUCAUUCAACUCCUUCCUAGAUUACCUUGCCUAAUUUCUAGAUAUCGCAUACUACUUCAUUUUGUGUAACAUUCAAAAGAUUAAAUACAUGAUUACAAUGCAUC